AUGUUUUAUUAUUUAUUGCUUCUUUGUUUGUUAAUAAACUCAAUUAUAAGUCAAGAAACCCAAUGUUUUUAUUUGAAUAAUAAGUUGACUAAAUAUAAUCAUCAUAAUUCCCUUAAUCUUCAAAUUACCAACCAACCUGCUAUUCGUUUAUGUCAAAAUCUCAAUUCCAAUCAUUGCUGUCCACAAAUCUACGAAGAUCGUCUACAAAAUGCAACUGCACUUGAACUUUAUCGUCUAUUCGAAUUGUCCACAAUUAAUCUCUACGAACCAUUACUUCGUUUAACCAAAGACUUGAAUAAUACAUUCAUUGCAUUGAUCAAUUUUUCUCGCAAUGAAACUCAUCUAGUUCUACGACGUGGUUAUAAUGCGCUCUAUCGAUCUUAUCAACAUUCGAUUGAUAGGUUUUUUAAUCAACUUUUAACUUUAACAUCUCGAACAUAUUCUCAAGACCUUCACACGUAUGUCGACGAUUUAUUUCGAAACAUUCUUCACAUUUCAUUAACAUUGAACGAUAACAAACAAAUCUCACCAACAUAUUUCUCGUGUCUAUGGAGGAAUCAACCGUUUGCUAAUCAUCCAAAUCUCUUAGAAAAACAAUUAGAGAACAAUCUCGGCAAAUUAUUUCAAUUAAGUGAUCUGUUCAAGUUAAGUCAUGAACUUGUUCAAGUUCUAUCAACGAGUGUCACAACGGAUUAUCAUUGCAUUGAUUCGUAUAUGCAACUAUCCUAUUGUAAUCUUUGUCAUAAUCGAAAUGAAUUACCAUGUUUAACGAAUUGUAUGAAUAUCAUUGAAAGUUGUCUUGUAAAUUUGACCUUCAUCGACAAUGUUUGGCAAAAUUUUAUUGAUGCGAUUGAGAAUGUUGAUUAUUUUAAUAAUAUCGAGAAAGUUUUAUCAUCUAUUGGCCUAUCAAUAUCAGAUGCUGUGAUGACAUUUUUCAAUUCAGGCGGAGUACAAAACAAGGACAUCAUCGAACAAUGUGGACAUAUACGUGUGCGACGACAAACACUUUCUAUCGAUCAAAAAUCUGAUGAUGAAUAUAGUAAAACCUUGUCACUAUCGUUGUUAGAUCGACAAUUGAUUCAUAUGAGUCGAUCAUUGCGUAUCUAUCGAUCGUUUUGGAUGAAAUUUCCAGAACAAAUCUGUAAAUCAACAGGUAUUUCUGCAUCGGAUGGAAGUGCGUGUUGGACAGGAAGUUCGAUUUCAUCGGAUGGAAGAUCGUCUGUUCGGGUCCAAUAUGAUCAACCAUUGAAUCUGAAACUUCAGCGAAUAUUGAAAGAGAUGAGAGAGAAAUCGCUUCUAAUUGGAAAUCCCCGUCGAACUACGUCAGCACUUCAUAUCAAUCCCACGACAAUUUCAACUGUAGUCAACAAUGAAAAACUGAAUUUCAUCUCACAGAAAUUUAAUGAUUCGCUAUCAGCGAAUGAUCUCGAUGAUUAUCCGAAUGAUAAUGAAUUCGACUAUUCGGAUUAUGCAUAUGAAGAUUCUACAGAUCAAACAACAAAAUCAUCGACUACAACGACUACGACUACUACUGUUUCCACCACUACUACUACGACCACCACCACCACCACGAGACAAACAACAACCUUAGCAAUUUUAAUAGAUGACGAAGCUGAGAAGUCCAGCGAAGAUACGAAAAAUACUUACUAUGAUUAUGGUGAUCAUGAUUUGUAUACAGAUGAGGAAAUCGAUGGAACGUCAACUGUGGAAGAACCUGUUCUAAUCACAACAACACGACGAAUAACAACAACACGCUAUUGGAAAGAUCGAAUACCGUUCUACCAUCGUCGACCAGCCAUUAUCUGGAAUGUUAAUGUAAAUGACAAUGACGAGGUACAAAAAUCAAGAAAACAUGAACAGCGAUAUAACAGUGGAUCUUCUCUUCAUUAUUCUUCGCUCAUCCUCAUAACAAUGUUUAUCUCUCGAGUCUGA